AUGGCUUUGAAUCAGGAACAGGAGCAGAAAUUUGCAGCAGUGCGCGCCGCACGAGAUGAGAAAAUCCCGGUGGAUUGGCGUUUAAAUGCUUCAAUAUUAUCGACGUUGCCUAAGAACGUGAAGCCCAUUUUUGAGAGUUGUGGCAUUCUUUCCUCCAAAGAAUUGGAGAUCACCAAUGUCAGAGAUGCCACAGCACUGUUAGAAAAGUUGCACUCGGCAACUUGGUCCGCAGAAGAAGUGACGGUAGCCUUCUGCAAACGAGCCGCAAUUGCUCAGCAGCUCAUCAACUGUCUCAUGGAUAUCGAUUUUGAAGGCGGAAUCAAACGAGCACGCGAACUAGAUGACCACCUGAGGCAAACUGGCAAAGUCGUCGGUCCGCUCCACGGUCUGCCGAUUAGUAUUAAAGAUCAGAAUGAAGUCAAGGGGAUGCAUUGUACUCUCGGUUUUGCGGCAUGGGUAGACCGAAUAUCAGAACGGGAUUCCAUGUCAGUGCACAUGCUGCGGGAAUCCGGGGCGGUCUUUUAUGUAAAGACCACGAUGCCACAGACGGGGAUGGCUCUCGAAACCGUGUCUAAUCUUUGGGGUCGUACUCUGAACCCCUCCAACACCGCUCUUACCUGUGGAGGUUCUUCGGGAGGCGAAGGUGCUCUGGCGUCUUGCUUUGGCUGUCCCAUUGCAAUCGCCACCGAUAUUGGUGGCUCUAUCCGGGCUCCGGCGUCUUUCAAUGGCAUGUAUGCUAUCAAACCAACCUCCCGACGCUGCAGUUAUAUGGGAAACUUGAAAGCCAUACAAGGGCAGAUCGCUAUCCCCAGUGCUAUCGGGCCAGUUGGACGAAGCGUCAGAGAUCUGGAAUUGAUUCUGCAGGCUUGGAGUGACAAGGAGCCGUGGCUUACCGAUCCCACCGUUGUGGAGAAACCGUGGUCAUCGGCCGAGAGCCCCAAAAAGCUGACGCUCGGGGUCAUGUGGUGGGAUGAAGUUGUUAUGCCACAUCCCCCAGUCCAAAGGGCUCUUCGGACCACCGUCGACAAGUUGAAAAUGGCUGGACAUGAAGCAGUGGUGGACUAUAAACCAUACAAACAUAGAGAGUCGUGGGACAUUACGCUACCAUUGUACUUCCCGACCGCAGGGGCGGAAAUGUUUCGACUGCUCGAAGAAGGUGGUGAACCGAUGAUCACAGCCCCAGCCAAAAUGCUAAGGGGGACCAAACAACUCUCUGUGCCAGAGCUGCUGCAAUAUCAAGCGGCCCAAGCGAACUAUCAAAACGAGUAUCUCGCCCACCUCAACGCCACGGCCAAAAUGACAUCGACAGGAAAGCCAGUCGACGCUCUUCUUACACCGGCUUUUGCAAGUGCUUCAUAUCCUCAUGAUUUCCUCCCAUGGUGGGGAUAUUUCUGUGUCUGGAACCUUCUCAACUAUCCGACUACCAUCAUCCCUGUGACGAGCGUGGACAAAUCUAUUGACGUUAAGGACCUUAAUUACAAACCUGUCAACUCAUUUGAUUCGGCGAACUAUGAUAUUUACGAUCCCGAGCUCUUUGACGGUGCUCCGGUCUGUUUGCAACUCAUUGGCCGGCCCCUUGCGGAGGAGAAGCUCAUUGCUGUAACGCGUGUGGUGGAUGAGGUGGUUAAUAGUACCCUCUCUGCUGCCCGAACUCGCUUCACCAACCGCAAUCCAAAAUCUCUUGCUCUCCAUCAGAACGCUGCCGACUACCUUCCCGGUGGUAACACUCGCAGUCUCUUGCACACAUUUCCAUUUCCCAUUUCCCUCGCCCGUGGUCGGAACUACACGGUCACCGACGAAGACGGACACGUGUACCUUGACCUAGUCGGCGAGCUCACGGUGGCAUUAUACGGAUACUCACACCCCACGAUCCAAGCAGCAUUGAUCAACGUGGUUCACAACGUCGGCUUGAACCUAGGCGGUACCAUUGCCCAGGAAGCCCAACAUGCAGCCUUGCUAUGUAAGCGUUUCAACUUGCAAAGGAUCCGCUUCACAAACUCCGGCAUCGAAGCGAACCUGCAUGCUCUCGGUGCCGCGAGACGGUUCACGGGAAAAAAUCGAGUGGUGGUCUUUCACGGCGGAUAUCAUGGUGCAGUUUUGAGUUUUGGCGACGGAGGAUGCGCAGAGAACAACGUGGACAGACAAGAUUGGAUUAUAGCAAGGUAUAAUGAUUUGGAAGAUGCGAGAGAGAAAAUCCAGCUUCCUGGUGUGGCGGCGGUUAUUAUCGAGGCAAUGCAAGGCGCUGGCGAGUGUAUUCCUGCACGGGAGGAGUUUGUCAAGAGUGCCCCGGAGGCUGCAAAAAAGGUGAGCGCAGUUUUCCCCCCUCCCCAAAAUUGUCUCCUCUGA